UGAAGGGUUUUUUUUGUUUUUGUUUUUUUUUAUGUUCUUUUUUAAGCAGUCUAUUUAGAUUUUACUUUUUAUUUAAACUAACUGGAUAGUGGGCACAAAUGAGGUGUUAUUCUGACCUCCUGAGCGUGCCCUCGUGUUUCUUGUCCUCUAACCAUGACCGUUAUACAAAAUGCUGAAAAAAAAGGAUCACUCAAGGAGGUGCUUAAUUGAAUUUGGGAUUACACUUUGUUUUAGUUUAUGGGUAUAAAAAAAACUGAGCACAUGGAAAAACUAUAGUCCCGUGCAGUAUUUUAGGAGGAUAUAAGGAUAAAGUAGCAGCGAUUACGGUUACUAAUAACACUGCCCUCUGUUUAGAUUUAUAACUAUAUUCCAAUCUAUAACGUUCCAAAAACCGUGACCAGUUGAAAUAUUCGUAUAUUCGUUGUAUUGUUUAUUUUUUUUGAGUAAUAUCUGAGUUUCGUAUAGCGAAUGGCAGCAAGCGACUUCACUAUGCCUCCAGCGCAUGCGCAGUGCAUCCGAGUGUCGCUGUCCACUUUGUGGGUGCUGAUCCGCGGAGCCUCUGAACUGCAGAGCUUGAGGAGCGUCACCAUAGACAAAGAUGGCGGGCCGGACAAUGCAGGCGGCGCGAUGCCCAACAGACGAGCUGUCCCUGACCAACUGCGCAGUGGUGAGCGAGAAGGACCUGAAGUCUGGCCAGCAUGUGACUGUCAAGACCACGCCCACCCAUAAGUUUGUGUUUACAGUGAAGUGCCACCACACGGUGGCGCCAGGAACCAUCGCCUUCAGUCUGCCGCAGAGAAAAUGGGCUGGUCUGUCUAUUGGACAAGAAGUUGAAGUGUCCAACUACAAUUUUGAUAAGUCGAAGCAGUGCAUUGGUGCUAUGACGAUCGAGAUAGACUUCCUGCAGAAGAAAAGCACCGACUCCAGUCCUUACGACUCGGACAAGAUGGCUAGUGAGUUUAUUCAGCAGUUCAACAACCAGGCCUUUUCUGUGGGGCAGCAGCUGGUUUUCAGUUUCUGUGAUAAACUCUUUGGCCUGGUGGUUAAGGACAUAGAGGCUAUGGACCCCAGCAUUCUGAAAGGAGAGCCAGCAUCGGGCAAGAAACAGAAGAUUGAGAUUGGUUUGCUAGUGGGAAACAGUCAGGUGAUCUUUGAAAAGGCAGAGAGUUCUUCUCUCACUCUGGUUGGGAAGGCCAAAACCAAAGAGGCGCGUCAGACCAUUAUUAACCCUGACUGGAACUUUGAACGUAUGGGCAUCGGUGGUCUGGACAAGGAGUUCUCCGACAUCUUCCGGAGGGCUUUUGCAUCUCGAGUCUUCCCUCCAGAUAUAGUGGAACAAAUGGGCUGUAAACACGUGAAGGGCAUACUGCUCUUUGGGCCUCCAGGCUGUGGUAAGACUCUGAUGGCCAGGCAGAUUGGGAAGAUGCUGAAUGCGCGUGAACCAAAGGUUGUCAAUGGUCCAGAGAUCCUCAACAAGUACGUGGGUGAAUCGGAGGCCAACAUCAGGAAGCUGUUUGCAGAUGCUGAGGAUGAACAGAAGAGACUGGGUGCUAACAGUGGUCUGCACAUCAUUAUCUUUGAUGAGUUGGAUGCCAUCUGUAAACAGCGUGGCACAGGGGCCAGCAGCACUGGCGUGCAUGACACUGUAGUGAACCAGCUGCUGUCAAAGAUCGACGGGGUCGAGCAGCUCAACAACAUCCUUGUCAUAGGCAUGACCAACAGGCCAGAUCUCAUAGACGAUGCUUUGAUGAGACCUGGCAGAUUUGAAGUGAAAAUGGAGAUUGGCUUGCCAGACGAGAAAGGGCGUGUCCAGAUCCUGAGUAUCCACACGGCUAAGAUGCGGGAGUUCAAUCUGCUGGCUGUUGACGUGGACCUAAAGGAGCUGGCGGCCGAGACCAAGAACUACAGCGGGGCGGAGCUGGAGGGCCUGGUGCGCGCUGCCCAGUCCACGGCCAUGAACCGUCACAUCAAGGCUACAGCCACAGUGGAGGUCGACCUGGAGAAAGCGGAGAAGCUCCAGGUCAGCAGAGCAGACUUCAUGGGCUCGCUCAACAAUGACAUCAAACCUGCCUUUGGUACCAAUCAAGAGGACUACGCCAGCUACAUAAUGAAUGGCAUUAUUAAAUGGGGGGAUGCUGUAACCCGGGUGCUGGAUGACGGGGAGCUGCUCGUGCAGCAGACCCAGAACAGUGACCGUACACCUUUGGUGGCAGUGCUCCUGGAGGGACCUCCACACACUGGAAAGACUGCCUUGGCUGCCAAGAUCGCAGAGGAUUCCCAGUUUCCCUUCAUCAAGAUCUGCUCUCCUGACAAGAUGAUUGGCCAUUCUGAAAUCUCCAAGUGCCAGGCCAUCAAGAAGAUCUUUGAUGAUGCGUAUAAGUCACAGCUCAGCUGUGUGGUGGUGGACGAUAUUGAGAGACUGCUGGAUUAUGUUCCAAUCGGACCUCGUUUCUCCAAUCUGGUUCUACAAGCACUGCUUGUUCUCCUGAAGAAGGCACCUCCUCAUGGCCGUAAGCUCCUCAUCAUUGGCACCACCAGCCGUAAGGAUGUACUCCAGGAGAUGGAGAUGUUGGAUGCCUUCAGUACCACCAUCCACAUACCAAACAUCUCGAGUGGAGAGCACCUGGUAGAAGCUCUUGAGCUGUUGGGGAGCUUCUCGGACACUGAGAGGGCAACCAUCGCCCAGCAGGUGAAGGGAAAGAGGGUGUGGAUUGGCAUUAAGAAGCUCCUCAUGCUUAUUGAAAUGUCUCUGCAGAUGGACCAGGAGUACCGCGUCAGCAAGUUCCUCUCUCUGCUCCGAGAUGAGGGAGCAGAUCGUGGCUUCUACCAGUAGCAAAGCAGAUGGAGGAGCCAGACAUCUUAUCCACUGGCCCUGUAACACAUUCUGCAUGUUCCAUAGCAACUACGACCGACCUUCACAGCUCACCACAGCAGGAGGGCUAGCCUAGGCCGAGGCGCUCCUGCUACUCCUGCCCCACUGCAGUAUCAGUCAGUCCCAGUAGUGUCUUGUGAUUUUGUGCCGUUUUUGCACACCAUAUAUAACAGUGUAGUAACAACUCAGAUGUGUGGAUGUACCAAAUCAUUCAGAGAGAAGCAGAAACAAACCUGUAUUAUAUAUUUACUCUGUGGUAAUAUACACAUAUCAUACUUAUAUAUAUAUAU